UCGACCUCACUGAAGAUGUACAACGUUGUUGGAAACACGUCAGAUUUCAUUUUGGAAGGUUUCCUCUUUUCACCAGAAGCCAGGGUGCCCCUGUUUUUAUUAGUCUUUUUUGGGUAUAUAAUCAUUAUUUUUGUGAAUACAACACUUUUUCUAACAAUAUUUUUUCAUACGCAUUUGCAUGGACCAAUGUACGUAAUGUUAUGUAACCUAAUUAUGUGUGACUUAUUCGGCAGCACCGCUGUAAUGCCAAGACUAAUGGCAGACUUUUUUGUGGAUGUAAAGGUUAUCUCUUUUGCAGCAUGUAUUAUACAAGCUUUCUUCAUUCACAUGUACUACCUCGCGGGACAGCUGGUACUGGCAGCAAUGGCGUUAGACAGAUAUGUGGCGAUUUGUAAUCCUCUCCGCUACAAUACAAUCAUGACCCCACGGAUGGUAGUGAAACUCUGCUCGAUUGCCUGGGGAGGCGCCUUUAUUAUGGUCGUAAUUCUUUUGUCAACUACGAUUAGCCUUAAAAAAUGUAAAUCAUUAGUUGUACACGCGUAUUGUUUCAAUGGAGCAUUGUUUGUAUUGGCUUGCGGAGAUUAUACGGCAAAUAAUAUUUAUGGAUUAUUUAUAACGUAUUUCCCAUCAACUUUGUCCAUGUCGGCAAUUGUUUUCACUUACACUAAAAUUCUAAUAGCCUGUUUUUUUAAAGCGCAAGCCAACGCUAAAAGUAAAGCUCUUCAGACCUGCGCAUCACAUUUAACUGUUUAUGUCAUAUUUGAAACCACCCUUUUAUUCUCAAUAAUGGCUUUGCGUUUUCCAAAUAUCAAUCCUACUUUAACAAAGAUAUUUGGGACAGUGAUGAUUACCGUUCCGCCUUGUCUGAAUCCCCUGAUUUAUGGAAUAAACACAAAGGAAAUUCGAAAUACUGUUCUGAAACAUUUUAAAAAGAAAAUAACGUCUAGUUAGAUACGAAAGAAAAUCGACCCAGCACAUGCAUGAAUUUAAAAAUUUUAGCCGAGUCCUCCUUUUAGUAGAGCCUUUAUUAAAAUUAAGUUCUAUCAGUGUAUUUUUUUAAGUGA